AUGUUCUGCACUCGCACCCAAUCAUUAAUAUUUCCCCGCAUCCGUCCAACUUUGAGUCCUUUGUACCAAAAACGCACUGAGGCAAGCUCGGUGGGACUGGUGCCGGGUAGCCAGACACUUGCGCAAGCGACACGAAAUAUUCGUGAGGAGGCAGGCAAUUCAGCGAAAGACUUGGCCCGAGCAAUUGCGGGAGCAAACCUAUUCGUUCAAGACAAAGCGAAGGAUGGUUUCGUUGGAUUAACUAAGGUCAUGGUGUCGGAAGUGCCCAAGCCAGUGUUAAUAUUCGGUCUUGCGGCCUUUGGAGGUGGACUCCCGUAUAUCGGUACUGGACUCACAACGGUCUAUCUUGCGCACCAAGCCAGCCUUGAGGCUACCAGUACUGUUGCACGAAUUGACCCCGGGAUUGCGACGAACAUAUUCAUUGACGCUCUCCACGUCCAGACAACCUAUGGCGCCGUUGUCCUCUCCUUCCUGGGAGCCCUUCACUGGGGAAUGGAGUUUGCCGAAUACAACGGGAGGCAGGGCUGGAAAAGGCUUGCUCUCGGUGCAGCACCGGUUCUGAUUGCGUGGCCCACUCUGGCGCUCGAGCCAACACUGGGCCUCUGCGCUCAAUGGGCGGCCUUUACGGGAUUAUGGUGGCUUGACUUGAAGGCGACUGCAUGGGGCUGGGGUAUAUUGCUCUUCCUCACCCUUCUCAAGCUGAUUGAAUUCGUUGAAGCGCCAAGAUGGUAUGCACAGUAUCGAUUCUAUCUCAGUAUUCUUGCGGGGAGUUGCAUUUUGGGAACACUGGGUGGAUUGACGUAUUGGGGCCCAGUUGGCGGUCAUGGGUUCAUGUCUUCUGCUCACGAACUCCAUCUUGUGCGCGAAACUCGGAGGGCGUUGUAUGAUCGAAAUCCAGAGGUGAAUUAUGGGACAGAACUGAUAAUAGUGAAAGGAGACGAUGAGGGGAGGUUUAUGCGUUUGAGGCGGAAGGAAGAUGUUAUCAGAGAGGAGUUGGCAAGGUCCAAAAGGCAACGAGGAUUGAGGAAAGAGGAUGAUGAUGUGAAAAGCGCAAAGUGA